GUUCGAUGUUACUAUAAAAAGUUUAAUUAUACUACUGGUUGUGUAACCUGUCUUUCUGACCUGUCACCUGAAUCAGAAAAAAAAAAGUCUCUGAAGUACAGCCCUUUUGCUUUGCAGUUAUUUGACACUGUACUGUAGAAAGAAAGUAAAAGUAGAUUCAUGCAAAUUCUUAAGUUAUUCAGAAGGCUUGGGUUCCUUUUUUCGGUGAAUGUGACUUCUGCAGCUUAAUCCCAUGGAACUACUUAGCACCUGGAAUUACUGAACAGCAUGGAAUUUUAAUAGAAUAACAACACUGUCUGGCACCAAAAACAAAAGGAUGAACAGAGGUAAAAGAAACCAUGCAAGACAAAGAAUGUCUCCAAGUACAUAAGCAAGUGAGGCGGCCACAGAGGAGGGGAUUCAGAUUAAGAGUGUAUAAACUGACAUUACUGUUCAUUCUUCUGCAUGUUGCUGGAAUUAAGGCACAUGUUGUCCCCCCAGCAAAACAUCAGCUAUAUCUUCAGGAAUAUAUAGGAAGAUUAACAUUUAGCAUCUGCAAACGAGAAGCUGUAGACGUCGCCAUCUAUCACGAGGUCAAUGGCAUUCUGUGCUACUGGGAUUCUGCUGAGAUGCGGCCUCUGUGUGUAGAAGGAUAUAACCUGUUUGAAGAUGAAUAUUCACGUAAUAUAAUUUUAUAUAUAGUAAAAGCAUCAAAUGCAAACAAUGGAGUAUACAUGUGUGAAACUACUGAUUCCGAUGUUAUGGAGUAUCUUCAUGACAGAGACAGUAUCUCUGUUUGGGAUUUUCCUUAUGAGAUGAAAUUUGAAUGCAACAUAUAUGAAGGCACUCUUGAAAUAUCUCACACCACAAAUGGACAACUGUGUUCUUGGACAAAACAACUUCCAGUGGUUUGCAGUGGCAAGUAUAACCUCACUGAUGAUUACAGACAAAACCGUAUUAUCUUUACAAUUAAUGCGGCUUCAUCUGAAGAUGAUGGCAAUUAUACCUGUGAAUUCCGUGGCACUCGUAGAGUUGUGCAAGUAUACAAUCAUGACAAUAGUUUUGCAAAAUAUGAAGGACUGUCAUCAAAUGAGGUUACAGGAGAAGUAAGUUUUCCAUGUCAAAGAAGAAAUAAACAUAUCACCAUCUUUAAUCAGUCCAGUGACCCGAUCUGCCAUUGGAAACAUGGACAGGAACAGGCUGUAUGUCUGGAACACUAUAGUUUGGCAGAACAAGGAGAAAACAAACACAUCCUCCUGAAUAUAUUAAAUGCAACUGAAGAAGAUGAUGGGUUUUACUUUUGUGAAUAUCAGGCAAAUGGAGUUAAAAUUUUGGAAUAUAUGCAUAAUCGACCAGUCACCAGAAUUACAACUGAGGAACCAGCUUCUUCUCCAGAAGUUGACAAAUUAGUUCCUGAUGUACGUGCAGUACCUCUUCAUUCUUUUGCCUCAAGUGGAAUGGAAUCUUCCUAUGCAGGAGAGCUGUUGGCUUCACUGAAGGAACUAUAUGCUUCAGGAGCUCCUAAACAGGUUAAUGAAUCAUCCUCAGUGGAACGCAUAGGGAGAGUAAUAUUCGAAUGUAAAAAAGGACAUGAGGACUUAGCCAUCUAUAACGAUGACAUUGGUACUCUGUGCUACUGGGAUGCAACAGAACAACAGUACACAUGUAUGGAGAGAUACAGUCUGAAAGAAGAUGAAAUCACACAGAAUGUUGUCAUGUACAUAUUAAAAGCCUCAGAUGCAGACAAUGGAUUAUACAUGUGUGAAUCUGCUGAAUCCCCAAGAUACUUAAUAGAAUACCAACAUACACGAGACAGCAUUCCUAUAGUUGAUCUUCCUUACAAGAUGAAGUUUGAAUGCAACAUCUUCCAGGGUUAUCUCAUCAUAUCACAUCACACAAAGGGAGAUCUAUGCCACUGGAACAAAGCAAACACCACAAUCUGUAGUGACAAGUACAUGCUGAGUGUGGAUUACAAUAUCAGUCAUGUUGUCUUUACAAUUACUCAAGCAUCAGCAGAAGACAAUGGCAUUUACACAUGUGAAUUUGAAGGCUUUCGUAAAGAUGUGAAAGUAUAUAACCACAACAGCAAUAUUUUAAUAUAUGAAGGACUACCUGCCAGCGAUAUUACAGGAAAAGUUCACUUUGGCUGCCAAAGGAGAAAUUCUAAGAUCAUCAUUGUUAAUGAAUACAACCAGGUUCUGUGCACCUGGGCAGCUGGAGCACAAAGUGCUGUAUGUUUGGAAGAUUACCGACUCAUUGAAGAAGCAAACAGCGCAAAUAUAAUUCUACUUAUGUUAAACGCAACAGAAGAAGAUGAUGGACUGUAUGCCUGUAUUUACAGGGUAUCUGGGAACAGGACACAGAAAUAUCAACAUAAUUGCUCAAAUACUGAUGGUUCAGCUGAAGAAACAGGUUCCCCUGUCACCAGUUCAGAUGAAUUAACAGGCUCAUAUACCACAGUUUCACCUAAACAAAGAGAAGAUGUGAAUCUCAAUCAAGGAUCAAUUAAAGGAGUGAUAAUAGGAGUGGGAAUUGUCACGUGCAUUUUCAUCAUCAUCAUUGUCAUUUCCUUCAUCAUGUGGCGUAUCUGUAGAAAAAGAGCACAGGUCAAGAAAACAGCAGAAAGCAUUCCUAUGAAGGAAGACACACAAGGACAAAAGGAAAAGGAGAGUGAAGACCCAACAGAAAGGACUCCCAUGAAAACGACCAGUGCAAUCUAAUCAGAGGUGGACAUGCCACUUUUGGAUCUCUACAGAUUUUUCCACAAAUAGAAAAUAUCUAAAUGCAGAACCUAGAAAUGUGAAUGUUUUGCUAAGGUUAAACAUGGAAUAUUUAUGUAUAUUUGCUUUAAUUAUAUCAGAGUUGUGUAUAUAUUUUUUAAGUUUUUAUUUUGUUACAAUUUUUUUUCCAAGCUUUGUUGCAAAAUGCUGUUUUUUAUUCUUUUUUUUAUUCUGAGACAAAGACAAAGAAAAAAUAGUUGUUGCAGAAGAUGCCAACAUGAACUGUAGGCAUAUUAUUAAUUUUAUGUGGACAUCACUUUUGGUAUUUUGUGUCCCCAUAAAAGAUUCAAAAUAUGUUUGGAGUAAAACUGUAUAUUACUUAUUCAUAGCUGAUACUGGCUACAGUUCCAUUUAGUGGUGUAAGUCCUGCAGUUUGAUGGUCAAGUGCUGGAAUUGUAAAACGUCUGAAAUGCACAUGAUUGAAGGAUGCUGGGGUCUGGAUUUGCCUUUGCAUCAAGGUGCAGUGAUCUUAGAACUGAUUAUAUUAAGUAUGGCAAUGCAGCUGUUAAAACCCUUGCAUAAGGAUUGUGAGUAACUUGUCUGCCACAGAAAACUGUGUCAUUUUGAAUAGGAAGUUAUUUGCUUUGCUAGAGACUGACUCACUUUUUAAUAAAAUGACCUUUGAUGGUCUGAUGUAGAUUUAUUCCUGACAUCCCCUGUGAAUGGCUAUAUAUAUUUCGAUGAAUUGUUUUUUCAUCUCUCUGUAUGUAUUUACAUUUUAAUAUACAUGGAGUGAGCAAUACAUUCUUAAAUCCAGAGAAAGAGGUACAUCUGCAAAUUACCUGUCAACUGUGCAGAUUUUUGCAAAAUGUCCAGAUUUGUGCCUCUUAUAUUUGGUCUGUUCCUCAUAAAAUUUGUGGUUUUCUGAAAAAUCAUUGAGGAUUGAAGUAACUAAAUAAUCCUAUAUAAUGACAUACAUCUGAGUUUCAGACUUCAAAUCCUUCAGAAAAUACAUAAUAAUUCAACACACACCUGUUAUACUAGUAACUGUCUACAUUUAUAAGAGGAGUAUUUAAAAUCUGCCCCUAUUUUUGGGCCUUUGUCCCCCCAUUAUUUCCGUCUUUGUCCAGAUUUCUUGCACUGAGAGUUUGAGAGGUAUGAUCUGCAGAUGAAGCAUUGCUAUGAUGCUUGACUGUUGGAAGAGGAAAUUAAAGUAGGAUGUAGAAAGGUGGGAAAAUAUCACAUUUCCAGUUAUAAUUUAACAUCAUGAAAUACAAAGUAAUGGCGUGCUGGCUAAGCAUUCCCUAAGACAGUAAUACAAAAGAGGUGCCAUACACUUCAUUAUGAAAUAAUGCAGAAUUAUCCACAAGUGACACACUCCACAGAAAGAGACGAGUACAUUAUUAAAGCAUUCUUGUGGACAUGUAUAUGUAAGGUCACAUCAAAAUGGUUAUAAUACUCCCAAUAUGGGAUUUACUGGUGAGAUACUAAAUGCAGAAAUGAGUCAAAUUUUGGAGACCUCACCGGGAAACUGACACCAUAAUUAUAUUAUUAGAGAAAUUAGAAACCAUGAAAUUGAUUUAAUACUUGCAAUGUAUAUGUUAUAAAGAAUACAUUAAAUUCCAGUGUACCUCUUCUUCAGGGAUCAGCUGGAAUUGGAUCCUCGACUGUUCCCACCAAUAGAUCCCAAUAGCUAAUGAAUAUUAUUUCUUCUCAGUUCCAUUCUCUUGUCUCUCAACAAACAAUGGAAUGUUAUUGUUAACAGCGUUACCAACCAUUUAUCAGUGUCCUACAAUUACAUGAGUGCCUAUAAUACAAGGUAUAUGUUUUACUACAUGAAUCCUUCUUGGCAUGUUUAAAAUGUAUUUUUCUUAAAAAACUAUGACUGUUUUAGAUAAGUAAAAUAGUAAUAUAUAAUACUGCCUUGAUGUUUUUAUUUGUAAAAAAUGGUUGCAUCCCUAUAUCUAUGGAUCUUUUAUUCUGUUAUGCAUAAGUGCCCUCUGACUGAGCUGUGAAUAAUGUAAAUAGAACAAAGAAACCUUACACAUUAUGUGCUGCCUUAAGCUGCUUGUAAUUAAGCCAUGUUGCUACAA